AUGUCUAAAGCAAACGUUGUCGGUAUCCUUGGUAAGACUUAUUCCUGUGUUGGUGUAUUCCAGCAUGGAAAAGUCGAAAUCAUUGCUAAUGAUCAAGGAAAUCGCACGACUCCAUCUUAUGUGGCUUUCACGGACACUGAACGUCUGAUUGGUGACGCUUCUAAAAAUCAGGUAGCAAUGAAUCCGACGAACACUGUUUUUGACGCAAAGCGCUUGAUUGGACGCAAGUUUGACGAUCCAGCCGUUCAAUCGAACAUGAAGCAUUGGCCGUUCAAGGUUAUCCAAGGAGAAGGUGCUCGUCCAAAAAUCCAAACGGUCAAAGAUGCUGUCAUCACUGCGAUUGCUGCGUAUUUUAACGACAGUCAACGCCAAGCCACAAAGGAUGCUGGAACGAUUUCUGGACUUAAUGUUUUGCGUAUCAUCAACGAGCCAACUGCUACGGCCAUUGCUUAUGGUUUGGAUAAGAAAGGCCAGGGCGGGCGCAACGUUCUGAUUUUUGACUUAGGCGGUGGAACUUUUGAUGUGUCUAUUUUGACUAUUGAAGAUGGUUUUUUUGAGGUCAAGUCGACUGCUGGAGACACUCAUCUUGGAGGCUAA